GUCCAUUCAGCCACUGGGCAUUGGGAGCGUGGGGCAGAUCUCAUCCUCAAGCCAUCCAUUUAAUCCCAGCUGCCACAGAGAACCUCACCAGUGCAAAGACCCACAGUUCUGUGAACAGCUCUUGUGUGCCUGAGAUAACUAUUAACACCACCAUGGAGUUUCUGGGUGUCCGACAGCCUUUUGCCCAUUUUCAGGAGGAAAAGUAUCAGAUGCUCGAGCUAAACCAGCGUCUUGAAUCAUACUUAGGUCGUGUAAAGCUUCUGGAGGAAGAGAACAAACUACUAAAAGAGGAGAUCUACACACUCAAGAAGAGCGCAGAGCCACCAGGCCAACGCAAAGCUCAGGAGGAGGCACUCAUCAAGACCAGGAAGAUGAAGGAAGAAGUCUGGAGAGAGAAAGAUCGUGUGGAGAUGGAGGUGGAGAACCUGAUUGAAGAUAUACAGAUGGUGAACAUUCAGAGGCAGAAAGAGAAGACUGCCCAUGCUGAAGCUCAGAAGAGACUCGCAGACAGCAAAAAAGAGCUAGAAGAGGAGCGGAGAGCUCAGAACUGGCUCAGGGAGAAGUUUGCCCAGCUCGAGAAAGACCUCGUGCUACAGAUGCAAGACCACCAGGAGAACAUGGAAACUUUGCAGGCCUCUCUGAAUCAGACAAAGCAAGUCUUGAUGGCUCCACAGAUGAUCCAAACGACCAUCAUCCCAGACCUGGGACAGGAGUAUGGCCACAGAGCAGCUCAAGCCUGGAAGGAGGCAACCAGCAAAUAUCAGAGAAAGGUGGAAAAUCUGGAGGAAAGUCUAAACCAGGCAAAGACCAAUAUGGGAAAGCUUCAUCAGGAGAAAAGAGAAAAGCAGUAUCAGAUUCAACAACUGGCUAAGGAACUGGAGAGCAUGAAGAUGAAGAGAGAGAUGCUGGAGAAGCAUGCGGUGCAACAGAGAGACGAACACAGCGAGGAGCUUCAGCAUCUUCAGGCUCAAGUAGAUGCUCUGGAGAUGGAGAAGGAGACUCUGGGACAGGAGAUUGGCAGCCUGAUGGUGGACAGACAGAACCUGCUGCAGGUUAAGAUGUCUCUUGGACUGGAGUUGGCCACAUACAGAGCUCUACUGGAAAGCGAAGGCAUGAGAAUCAACAAACCAGCGACAAAUAAGACUCAAUCUACUAUACUUUUAGAUGCACUCUCAAAGCCCACUGGGACCCACCCAGCCUCAAAGACCUCCAGCCAAUUCAGCAGUAUUGUGUCUACAAGUCACAGAUCAAUCAGCUCCUCCCAAAAACUGCUGACCAAUGUGACUCCAACAUGGACCCCCACUCGAGGGAGUCCACAGAAGAAACCAACCAGCACCUCAGUGACAGACAAGAAAAGGGUUAAUCUAUUAGAGGAGAAAGGUGCGCCUGUGAAUAAUUUUUAUCCAAAGAAGGACCUUCAAGAUAUGGCAUGUACAGCAACUCCUCCCCAAACCAUGUCAGAAAGUGUCACAGCAGAACCAGAAGAUCUUGAGGUUGAGAAGGAGAGUGAGCCAAAAUGCACUGAAAUGGUUGAAUCUAAAACCAAUGAAUCUGUAUUGAUGAGUGUGUUGUCAACUGACCUUACAAGUAGUCUCUCCCAGACUCCUGAAACUGAGAGCUGGGCUGGUCCAUUUACAGAACCUGCAGGGGUUUCAGAAGAAAGCAAAGAUGAAGACACUGAGGUGUCUGUGGAGAUGGCUCGGAUCUCACAUGCACCUAAGGUUGCCUGGGAGGAAAAUAAAACCAUGGGAGAUGAUAAAGAGGACGCUUGUGAGAUGGAUGUAAGAUCAGUUAGUGAAAGUCACCUAACUGGGUAUGGAGAUGCAGAGAGUGACAAUCCAUUAACAUUCAGCCAUGUUAGUAAAAACACCAAUAUAAUGGUUUCAUCGAUUCAAGAUGAAGAUCUGAUGAGAGGAGAUGAAAAGGACAAUGUCAGCAAUAUUAGUGAGGAUUUGUCAGAGCCAAUGAACAGUGAAACCGAAGCAGCAAUUGAUUCAAUUAUUGAGUGGGACAGAGAUGAAGACAAUGAGGAACAGAACAGUAUAAAAGUAAAAGGGCCUGAUUCUGAGGUUGAGGAAAAGAAUGAGAUAAAAGUAAUGAGCUCUGUCUUUGAGGUUGAGGAACAGAAUGAGACAAAAAUAACAAGCCCUGACUUUGAGGUUGAGGAACAGAAUGAGAUAAAAGUAAUGAGCUCUGACUUCAAAGUUGAGGAACAGACUCAGAUAAAAAUAACAAGCCCUGACUUUGAGGUUGAGGAACAGAAUGAGAUAAAAAUAACAAGCCCUGACUUUGAGGCUGAGAAACAGAAUGAGAUAAAAGUAAUGAGCUCUGACUUUGAGGUUGAGGAACAGAAUGAGAUAAAAAUAACAAGCCCUGACUUUGAGGCUGAGAAACAGAAUGAGAUAAAAGUAAUGAGCUCUGACUUUGAGGUUGAGGAACAGAAUGAGAUAAAAAUAACAAGCCCUGACUUUGAGGUUGAGGAACAGAAUGAGAUAAAAAUAACAAGCCCUGACUUUGAGGCUGAGAAACAGAAUGAGAUAAAAGUAAUGAGCUCUGACUUUGAGGUUGAGGAACAGAAUGAGAUAAAAAUAACAAGCCCUGACUUUGAGGUUGAGGAACAGAAUGAGACAAAAGUAACAAGCCCUGACCUCACACUUGAGGAACAGAAUGAGAUAAAAGUAAUGAGCUCUGACUUUGAGGUUGAGGAACAGAAUGAGAUAAAAAUAACAAGCCCUGACUUUGAGGUUGAGGAACAGAAUGAGAUAAAAAUAACAAGCCCUGACUUUGAAGUUGAGGAACAGAAUGAGAUAAAAGUAAUGAGCUCUGACUUCGAGCUUGAGGAACAGAAUGAGAUAAAAGUAAUGAGCUCUGACUUCGAGCUUGAGGAACAGAAUGAGAUAAAAGUAAUGAGCUCUGACUUCGACCUUGAGGAACAGAAUGAGAUAAAAGUAAUGAGCUCUGACUUUGAGGUUGAGGAACAGAAUGAGACAAAAAUAACAAGCCCUGACUUUGAGGUUGAGGAACAGAAUGAGAUAGAAGUAACAAUCCCUGACUUUGAGGUUAAGGAACAGAAUGAGAUAGAAGUAACAAUCCCUGACUUUGAGGUUAAGGAACAGAAUGAGAUAAAAGGAAUGAGCUCUGACUUUGAGUUUGAGGAACAAAAUGAGACAAAAGAAACAAGCCUUGACUUUGAGGUUGAGCAACAGAAUGAGACAAAAGAAACAAGCCCCGACUUUAAGGUUGAGAAACAGAAUGAGAUAAAAGUAAUGAGCUCUGACUUCAAAGUUGAGGAACAGAAUGAGAUAAAAGUAAUGAACCCUGAUUCUGAUGUUGAGGAACAAAAUGAGAUCAAACUAAUGAGCACUGACUUCGAGGUUGAGGAACAGAAUGAGAUUAAAAUGAUGAACCCUGACGUUGAGGUUCAGGAACAAAAUGAAAUUAAAAUGAUGAACCCUGAUUCUGAGGUUGAGGAACAUGAUAAAAUUAAAAUAAUAAGCCUUGACAUUGAGGCUGAGAAACUGACAGAGAUUGACAAUGAAAUGAAGGAUAUAAUUGUAACUAAAGAAAAUGAAGAUCCAGUGAUUAAGAAAGACAUUGAUGGAGGACUUCAAACUGUAGGUUCUCAAAAAAACCUUGAUCAUGUGGGGAGUACAACAGACGUCAUAGAAGAAAAUGUAGCACCUACUGAGGAAUAUAGGGGAGAAGAAGAAAACCAAGAGGACGACGAUGACUCCCAAAACAUAUCUGUUUCAUGCACAACUGAUCCUGGAGAUUGUGACAGCUACACACAAGAAAACACAAUAGCAGACACACGCCCGUUGAUUCGGUAUAAAAGUGACGAUGAAUCAGACAUAAACGUACAAGCGGCACAUUUUAGGGGUGGUGAGAUGAGUGACAGUGAGGACGAGAAGGAAAGGAUAGAUGGAGGUCGGUGUGGUGAAAGCGUCUCCAAACGCUUUAACACAAUGGAAGAUCUCUCAGAAGAACCAGACAUGGAUGUCAUUGGAGAGAUGAUAACAGAAGAAACUGUUCAGACAGAAGAAGCAUUGGAUAAUGAUAGAGAGCCUAUGAUUCUUCAGAGUGGCUCUGGAGGCCAUGAAGAUUUGGUGGUGGAGGGAGAAAGUGUAAAAGCUGAUCUCAUGGGAAACCAGAAGGUAGAAAGUGAUGAUGAUGAUGAUGUGAGAGAUGAGGAUCAUGGUUUUAAAGUUAAUGAGCAAAAGGAGAUUCAACAACUGAAUGAAGAACCACUAAUUCAUCACACUGAACAGCCCGUCCAGGAGGAUGAUGAAACAGUCAAUUCAAAUGAUAGUCAAGAAAAUGACUUAAAGUUGGUUAACAAUCAAUCCUCAUUCCCAGAUCCACAAUUUCCUGAAACCUCCCAGGAAGUACAACUUCAAGAUUCUAGUGAAGUUUCAUUAGCAUUUUCCCAAAGCGCUACAAUCACAAAACAGAGCUUUCAAGAAGACGUCCAGAACAUUUCCAUGCACACCAACAUGGACUUCAUGGAAACUCUCCCUUUGGAGAGUGAGAGAAAUAGUCAGGCAGACAUCAACAUGCCCAACUUUGACCAGGAUGAGUAUAACAGUUCAGAGGAUGAGUCUCCAAAUGCCAGCCAGUCCUUUCAGUGUUCAUCUCUUUCACCAAAGGCUACUGCCAAUGAACUGCCAUUAACCUUGGGAGCCCAACUCAGUAAUGAUGAAGUCUCUGAAGCUGAUUUAGUGUCUAACAAUGAACCAGAAGUAUUCAGUAAGGACUUUAUAGAGAAGAGCACUGAAGACCAUAAAACUCAGAUUCAUGAUUUGGACAAUCAAAGUACAGCCACCACAGCAGACAUCACCUUCAGUAUGGAUGAAAGUUCAAGCCAGCAUUCAAUGAAGCAUGAGACUGAGAACGUAGACAGUCCAAACAGGAUGGCAAGUGUAGCUGAAAACAUCUUUGGGGUUUUUGAGAAAAAUACAACGGAGAGCUUUUCCACACAAGAAUCAAAAGUGAUCGACAUCUUCCAAAGAGACAUUCCAGAAGAGGAAUUCCCAUCAAAAAAGGAAAAGGAGAGUGAAAUUCACAGUUUCUUUAGCACUAAUUUAAAGGAAGAGUUCUGGAAUGAAGGAAAAACGGAGAUGGGAGCUACGAAUGACCCAGUGAAGACUGAAACCUUCACACAUGAAUCUAUUCACUUAAACCAGGGCAUGGUCUUCGGACAGGAAUGGAGAGAUCUGGGAGUCGUGCCAACAGCUAAUGGAAACUCUAAAGAAGAAUUGAAGUUCUUCAAAGUUCAGACACAGGAUGAGAAGCUAAGGCAUAAAGAUGAAGAAUCAAGGCAAGCAGAGAUGAUCCAAUCUGAUGAGUCUGUGGAUGGUGGAGAUUCUUGGUCCUCUGGUGAUGAGUAACUGCUCUGCCAAAAACCAAAAACUAAUGUUUGUUCUGUCCAAUAACAGUUUCUAUUUAAGACUAAACCAAAAACCUAAAAAAAAACUUAGUAAUAUUAAUAUUAAAUAAUAAAAAGAUCAUGUUUAUUAAAAGGUGAACUGAAACAUUUUUACUUACAGAAAUGAAACUAGACAUGAGAACAAGUGCAAUGUGUGUGAUGUGUCAUGUUUUUACUCAUCCAUUUAACAGUCAGCUGUCAUAUGGAUAUGGAGAUUUUGUUUUAGCUGUCAACUGUAUGAAGUGUCAUUUCAUGUUUGUUGUUUAUUUAUGCUAUGAUCAGACCAGCUUCGUGUUGAUCUCUUUAUGUGUCAAUUUUCAAAAAUAAAAGAACAAAAAAUCA